AGCAGCAUUAUGAGUCUGACAAUGAGGGGCGGUAUUCUGAUGUCAGUUAGUGUCUUGCUUGCGUUUAAGGUGAGUUGUGGCAUGAAGCAAACAGGCCUGUGUCGGCCUGUUUGUGCUGACAGAGAGUGUGUAACUGUGAACCAGGACAGAGUGGAUUUUAAAACAGCUGAGAAAGCAUGCAGUGACAGGAGCGGGGAACUACUUCCACUUCAUCCUCAGACACAUGUGAGUCUCCUGGACAAUUUGAGGCAACAACUGUCAGGAAACUUCUGGAUUGGACUGCGUUUACCAGCUGGCACCUGUAGCGACCUUUCAUCCCCUCUGCGAGGCUAUGAGUGGCUCUCUGGUAGCACAAACGGGAGCUUCAUUCCUUCCUCUGUGACCUGGAAACACAGCGUUAAAGUCUGCUCUCCCAGCUGCGUGUCACUUUCAGAGGACCAGAAGUGGACAGAGAGACUGUGCUCGGACACAACUGAUGGAUAUCUGUGCAGAACAGAGCACUACGAUGCUUGUCUGGCACAAGAAGUAUCUGAUCCACAAGUUUUCCGAAGCUCCAAAGGCUGUUUAACGGGCCCCUGUGAGCAUGAAUGCACAGACGUGACGGGAGGUUACAAAUGCUCUUGUUUCCCUGGAUAUAUCCCAGACAGCGGAGACCCCAGGCGCUGCAAGAUGCACUGUGGCAAACACAGAUGCCCCAAAAUAUGCGACGAGCAUGAUGCGUACGCAUGCCUCUGUCCUGAUGGAUACAUAAUGGUUAACACAGGCACAGACUACGAUGACUUCUUCUGUGAGGACAUCGAUGAGUGUGAGGGUGCUUGGGUUUGUGAUCAGAACUGUAAAAACACGUUCGGAGGUUACGAGUGUUCCUGUAGAGACGGAUUUGUCCUCAAAGACCAUCACAGAUGCAUUCAAUCAGACAACCAGAGUUCCAACAGAAAGACUCUGAAGAAGACGUCUGCACCUGCUGGGCAUUUUCUCUGGUUAUGGGUUUUUGUUGCUGUGCCUGUGGUCAUGUUGAUGUGUGUGGUCAGGUUUUGUGAUGUUCAGCAUCAGAAGUCUCGUCUAAAGUUAGAUAAUGGUGAAAUAAAUGUUCUCAGAAUACUGGGACUCCACUGUAUAUAUAGUGUGACUCCUGUGUUCAGCAGCAUUAUGAGUCUGACAAUGAGGGGCGGUAUUCUGAUGUCAGUUAGUGUCUUGCUUGCGUUUAAGGUGAGUUGUGGCAUGAAGCAAACAGGCCUGUGUCGGCCUGUUUGUGCUGACAGAGAGUGUGUAACUGUGAACCAGGACAGAGUGGAUUUUAAAACAGCUGAGAAAGCAUGCAGUGACAGGAGCGGGGAACUACUUCCACUUCAUCCUCAGACACAUGUGAGUCUCCUGGACAAUUUGAGGCAACAACUGUCAGGAAACUUCUGGAUUGGACUGCGUUUACCAGCUGGCACCUGUAGCGACCUUUCAUCCCCUCUGCGAGGCUAUGAGUGGCUCUCUGGUAGCACAAACGGGAGCUUCAUUCCUUCCUCUGUGACCUGGAAACACAGCGUUAAAGUCUGCUCUCCCAGCUGCGUGUCACUUUCAGAGGACCAGAAGUGGACAGAGAGACUGUGCUCGGACACAACUGAUGGAUAUCUGUGCAGAACAGAGCACUACGAUGCUUGUCUGGCACAAGAAGUAUCUGAUCCACAAGUUUUCCGAAGCUCCAAAGGCUGUUUAACGGGCCCCUGUGAGCAUGAAUGCACAGACGUGACGGGAGGUUACAAAUGCUCUUGUUUCCCUGGAUAUAUCCCAGACAGCGGAGACCCCAGGCGCUGCAAGAUGCACUGUGGCAAACACAGAUGCCCCAAAAUAUGCGACAGAUACGAUAAGGAGAUGUGCUCCUGUCCUGGCGGCUUCAUUUUGAACGAGGAAUUCUGCGAGGACAUCGACGAAUGUGAGAUGAACGCGUGUGACCACGGCUGUAAGAACACGUUUGGGAGUUACCAGUGUUCCUGCAGCGAAGGUUUUGUCCUCAAAAACAAGUACAAAUGCAUCAAAGCCGUCAGCGAGCGUUUUCCAAUCACUACACCAGUCACUGUAGGAUUUGUUAAACCUAAUAAUCACACCAUGAAGGCCUCGUCUGCACCUGCUGGCCGUUUCCUCUGGUUAUGGAUCUGUGCUGUUGUGGCUGUGGUGCUGUUAAUAUGUGUGGUCAGGAUGUUUGUGGUCAGGCGUCAGAAACGCCGAGAGCAGAACUCCUGUCAGCACUCGAGUGUUCCUGCUCUCGUCAAUGAUCAGUGUUAACACUGGGACUCCUUCAUGAAACUGCUGCAAUUCAGCAAUUAUUCAUUCAUUAAUGAAUAAUAUUAAUAAACAUUCUGACAUCGUACAGAUCAAACAACUAUUCAUUCAUCCAGAAAAGAAGACGUUGAGACAAUAAUCCCGAGUUGCAGCAGUAAUGAAAACAUAAUUACUAAAGAAGUGACACAGACACAAUCAUGGAGUCAAAGCUGCUUCUGUCACACACUGAAGUCUGGACAUGUUUGUGGAUCUGGAUCUGAAAUCCCAACUGCCAACAUGAGGGUGUUCCAAACAGGUUUGUCCAGAUUCCACUGAUCCCACGGGACGACACAGUGUGUGUGUGUGUGUGUGUGUAUACUGUGUUCUUACCAAAUCUGACUUUGGUGAAUAUUUGUACGUGUGCAUAUGUAACUAUAUUGUACAUGAGGUCAUAAUGUGAAAUACUAAAGGCUGUUUUAUUCUCUCAUAUAACGUGUUUUGUUUUGUCAUUAAAUUGAAGCAGUCUUAUCAA